AACGGCCUUUUCACAUCGUUUACAGUUUUUCAGUUUGUAAAAACUGCAACAUCAGGGUCUGGGGACAGCAUGGCGGCGGCAUCGAGCGGCUAGAAGGAGAAGGAGCGGCCGGGCGGCGGCUUAGGAGAUGCCGGCGGUAAUAGCACGCGAGAGCGGCUGCUGUCAGCGCUGGAAGAUCUGGAGGUCUUAUCGAGAGAACUUACAGAAAUGCUGGCAAUUUCGAGAAACCAAAAGUUGCUACAGUCUGGAGAGGAGAACCAGGUCCUGGAGUUGUUAAUUCACAGAGAUGGGGAAUUUCAGGAGCUAAUGAAAUUGGCACUUAAUCAGGGAAAAAUCCAUCAUGAAAUGCAAGUUUUAGAAAAAGAAGUAGAAAAGAGAGACAGUGAUAUUCAGCAACUACAAAAACAGCUAAAGGAAGCAGAACAGAUACUGGCAACAGCUAUUUACCAAGCAAAAGAAAAACUCAAGUCAAUAGAAAAAGCAAGAAAAGGUGCUAUUUCCUCUGAAGAAAUAAUUAAGUAUGCACAUAGGAUUAGUGCAAGUAAUGCUGUGUGUGCCCCACUGACCUGGGUCCCAGGGGACCCACGGAGACCAUACCCAACUGAUUUGGAGAUGAGAAGUGGAUUACUGGGUCAGAUGAACAAUCCUUCCACUAAUGGAGUAAAUGGUCAUCUCCCAGGGGACGCACUUGCAGCGGGCAGACUGCCAGAUGUCCUUGCUCCACAGUAUCCCUGGCAGUCAAAUGACAUGGCGAGGAACAUGUUGCCACCAAACCACAGUCAUGACUUUCUGUUGGAACCUCCAGGGCACAACAAAGAAAACGAGGAUGAUGUCGAGGUUAUGUCAACGGACUCCUCAAGCAGCAGCAGUGACUCUGAUUAGAAACCGUAAGAUGAAAAGCACACAGAAUUGAAUACUAUAGAAAUCUGUUUCUUAAAUGGCAAUGUGGAAAGCUAGCCAGGUGAUGUUGGCUGUAGAAUUGUUCUGCCCAUUAAAAAUCAUAGUGGACUCUUUUUUUAAAGCCAAAAAUUAGGUUUCAGUUCUAAACCACUAGGUUAAUACUUAAAGAAAAAUCACACUUUACUGUUGGGGUAAAGCUUUUUCAGUUCAAUGCUGUCUUACCUUGUUCUGUUCCAAUUGUGUUGGACUUGUGCAUAGUACUGGAAAUAAGAUUUGAGGGAAAUGACCUAUGUACCUAUCAUUAGUAGGCCUCCUGCUGUUAUUUAGAAAAGCAUAAACAAGAGCAGCUGACCACUCAGUGUGCAUUAUAUAACAGAAACCCUCAUCUGAAAGUAAAGGCUAUUACUUUUUGUCACAGGAAGAGGAGACAUCAUCUCAAUUUAUACUCUUUGUAAUUAUUGUAUUUUUUGUAAAUAAACUAAUUUUUGUUUGUAAAAAAAAAAAAAAAAACCCUGCAACAUCAGUUGUAAAAAUACUUUUGUACACUUUAAAAAAUUGUUUCUUUGGAAUAAACUUAUAAAAGUCCCCUCCCACCAAGGAAAAAAAAGUAAAAAAAAAACUUGCUACUAACAGUAGCUGUGCUGGUAUUUAGUAGUGAUUUCCCUUCCUUGAUCAUUAGGUUAAUUUACCACUUCCACUGAAGGUAAGGAGGGAAAGUACAGGCAGUUCAGAGACCAUACUUUGGAAGUCAUUCUUGCACAUCUGAGAAAAUGAACCCUCUGCUCUGUGUAGUGUCCUCCUUCAGUACAAGGGACUUUUGAAAACAGUGAUAGAUAUGCCAUAGUAUACAUUUAGUGAUAAUUAUGUUUCUCAUUGUAUUCCCCCAUCUUACUAUUUUAAACAAUAUGAAGAGAUAAUGAAAGUUACUGCAGCAGAAAA